AUGGCUCCCCAAGUCGUCCCGCCCACCUCCGACUUCGACUGGAGCAAGCUCGCAUUUGACCUCUAUCCGACUGCUGGCUACGUCAAGUACGUGAACAAGGAUGGGCAGUGGGGAGCAGCGGAAUGGGUUGAGGAGCCUUAUGUCAAGCUGCACGUCGGCUCGGUCGCGCUGAACUACGGUGCCUCUUGCUUCGAGGGUUUGAAGGCGUUCCGGCACGAGGACGGCCAGGUCAAGCUCUUCCGGCCGCAGGAGAAUGCCGCUCGCAUGAACUACUCGGCAGCCGCCAUCUCGAUGCCCGAGGUCCCAGAGGAGAUGUUCCUCGAGGCGUGCCACAAGGCUGUCGCGAAGAACCUUCACCUCGUCCCGCCCCAUGCUCCUCACGGCAGCGCCGGCUCGAUGUACCUGCGGCCCCUGUACUUUGCCAGCGGCGCCCAGCUCGCCCUCGUCGCCCCCAGCGAGUUCACCUUCAUCGUCUACGUCACUCAGACCGGCAGUCUCUACGGCUCCGCAGGCGGCAAGGCUCCCGCUGUCGACGCCUUCGUCAUCGAGGACUUUGAUCGCGCCGCUCCUCAGGGAACUGGCACAUACAAGCUCGCUGGCAACUACGGUCCCGUUCUCCGCCACAUGGCGCAGGCGAAGAAGAACGGCUACCCUAUCACUCUCCACCUCGACUCGAAGACCCGCACUUUCGUUGACGAGUUCUCUACGUCGAACUUUGCCGCCUUCAAGAAGGCUUCUUCCCCCGACUCUACCCCGACUCUCGUCGUUCCGAAGAGCGAGUCGAUUCUCCGCUCGGUCACGACCAAGUCCUUGAUGGACAUCGCGAAGUCGUUCGGCUGGAACAUUGAGCACCGCCCUCUCAAAUUCCAGGAGGUCGUCGACGGCACGCUCGAGGAGGUCUUUGCUUGCGGAACCGCUGCGGCCAUUACACCCGUUCGAUCGAUCACCUACACCGCUCCUGGCGGCGCGCUGCAGAAGGUCAGCCUCGGAGACGGCCAGAACGCAGGGCCGAACACUCUCAAGCUUCUUGCCGAGCUCACCGGUAUCCAGGCGGGCAACCGGGAAGACAAGUUUGGCUGGACUUGGCCUGCUGAGGGUGUCGAUGCUUCGAAGGCUUGA